AUGUCUCCAAGAAGAUCAGUUCGAAUCAACGGCAAUAGAAACAUCCACAUGGAUGCAGCUCCAGCACCCGCAAGGGGCGAAGGCCGAGGUGAUGGUCGAGGCGGAGGCCGACGUGGAGGCCAAAGCGGUAGGAGAGGUAGACAAGGAGCAUCGGUAGCACCGGUAGAUGAAGUAGCACUCGAACAACAACAAGCACCUCCCAAUGCUCAAGUUGAGAUACUCCGAGAAAACGCUCGUAUACGUGAGGAGAUAACUCAAGAAAUUGCAAGGCUACGAGCUGAGAAUGAGGAGUUACGCCGGAAUCAAAAUCCACCCGUUAGAAACCUAGCUCUUCAACCAGCUGCAUUGAAUCCAGAACCAAUACAACAUUUUGAACCUGUGUACGAGCGAUUCAGGAAACAACAACCACCAAUAUUCAAUGGGAGCUCGGACUCACUUGAAGCUGAGGAAUGGUUGCGCUCAGUGAAGUCCAUAUUAGAAUGUAUGGACCUCACUGAUAGGGAAAGAGUAUCCUGUGCUGCCAGCCUACUUAAAAAGGAUGCACGGAUCUGGUGGGAAGUAGUAAGACAAAGUCGCAACAUAACAACUAUGACCUGGUUGGACUUUGUUGAUGUGUUCAACAGGAAAUACUACAGUGCCGCCAUACUGGCUGCAAAAGAAGAUGAGUUUAUGAAUCUGAGGCAGAACAAUCUCACUGUCACGGAGUAUGCUAGGCAAUUUGACCGUCUGGCAAAGUUUGCACAAGAGAUCGUACCAACCGAGGCCCUUCGGGUCAAAAGGUUCUUGAAGGGGAUGAACCCCAUGAUAAAAAAAGAUGUGAAAAUCAUGGUGGGGACCAACACAGUUUAUGCUGAGGUGUUAGAAAAAGCUCUCGAAGCUGAGUUGCUCGAAAAUGAUAUAAAGAAGGAGAAUGCUGCUAAGUGGGAAGCCCGAAGAAACAAUGGAGGAAAUCAAGAGAAUAAGAGAAUACACGAGGGAAAUCACGGUAAUGAUCGUGAUAAAAAGGGGAAAGCAGUGGUCCAAAAUAACAACAAUGGGGUGAAAAGGUCCUAUGUAGAAUUCCCAAUUUGCCCCACAUGUAAUAGAAAACAUCUUGGGGAGUGUAAGAUGAAGUCUGGGGUGUGCUACAAUUGCGGGCAGCCAGGCCAUCUGAAGAAAAAUUGCCCAAAGGGACAAAAGAAGGAGAACCAAGCCGCUCCUGCUCGAGUGUUUGCUCUCACCAGAGGAGAAGCGGCCACAAGCAACACUGUUGUCUCAGGUCAGGUUUCUAUUUACGGAUUGCCUUGUAAUGUUCUCUUUGAUUCUGGAGCCACUCAUUCUUAUAUAGCUACUAGGUUAAUUGAUAGUAUAGAUAAGCCAUGUGACCUACUUAGAUGUGGUAUUGUGACGGAGUUACCCUCGGGAGAAACCAUGUUAUCAACAAGAAGAAUGCGAGAUGUACCUAUCAUAAUCGAAAGCAAAGAACUCAUGGGCAACCUAAUAGAGCUGGAAAUGAAGGAAUAUGAUGUUAUACUUGGGAUGGAUUGGCUAUCUAGUCACGGUGCGACAAUCAAUUGCCGAAAGAAACUGGUCGUUUUUGAAACAAAGGUUGGGGAUCGAUUUAUUUUCAAGGGCAAUAAGCUGGCCCUGAGGACUCCAGUAAUCUCUUCCCUAAAAGCAAGUCAGCUAAUGAAGGCGGGGUGUCUGGCAUUCUUGGUCAGCGUAGUGGAUCGAGCAAUAGAGACGCAACUAAAUGUGGAGAAUGUGCACAUAGUCUGUGAAUUUCCAGAGGUCUUUCCAGAAGAUUUACCGGGAUUACCUCCAGACAGAGAGGUGGAGUUCAUCAUCGAAUUAGCCCCAGGGACUAAUCCAAUUUCAAAGGCUCCAUACAGAAUGGCACCUAAUGAGUUAAAAGAGCUUAAAAUACAACUACAGGAGCGGAGCUCUUAG